AUGCAGUGUGAUGUGCGUUGGCUAAAGGAUUAUCCGAAUCGUUUCAUAUACCUUACGCCAGAUUGUUUUAAUUUAUGUCAAGUGGAUGAUGAUUUCAAAACGAAAGUUCUGGCUGAUUUUCCAGUUUGUGUCAAUCAACGCAUGGAACAGGAUCGAUUACGUUGCUUCAGUCUAAGUCCAGUAUCGGAUGGUUUAUUAGCGUUGGGUUAUGCGUAUGGUCGAGUGCUUGUUACUGAAGUGGCGAUUGAUCCAGAUAUAAGUGCUCGUGCUGCAGAUUUUACCGUUUGUGUGUUCGACGUGAAGCGACCGACACUGAAUAUGUUUCAUCUGAAUAGUCCUGAACGUGUUAAAUCAACAACGUGGUUUGCUGAUGACCCAAGUUUGAUAGGAAUCGGUGGACGUCGCACUCUGAAAUUGUACGAUAUUCGUGAGGGCACUCGUCCACUAUUCAAUACGUCAAUAGCGAGUCAAAUUCGAGCAAUCAAGUCCGAUAAUAUAAGACAUCAACGAUUCGCGUGUUUAUUUGAUGACUACGUCAAUGUGUAUGACCGAAGAAAUUUGUCAUCGGUUCUCUAUAAAAUAACACUAUCGAAAUUUCCGAAAGGCGAUACAACAGAGGCGAAAUUAUGCUGGAAUCCACAUCAUCCGUUUUCGUUGACUGUGCUGGAUCGUGGUUCGCGAACAAUCACGGAAUUAUUGGUCUCUUCUUGUGAGGUGGAUUCUGACUCACAAGCACAUCAACCAUCCGACUGUGAUUCUGGUGAAAUCCGACGACUUCGUGGUUCAAUGGCAAAAUUUGAAUUAAAUGAUGAGACUGCUUAUGAAUUACCACUAUCUGAUCACGACGAUGUAUUAGAAAUAGAUGAUGCGUUGAGUGUUAAGGAUGAAGAGCAAAGUAUCGCGAAGCAUCCUUAUUUCGAAGUGAAGCACAAUUGUAAUCGAGUGCCGUCAAUAUAUGGUUUUGAUUGGCAUCGAACAAUUCGUAAUCGACUUUUAUUAGGUGGUAUGAAUACUAGAAGUGGAACAUAUGCUGUUGCAGUAGUGCAGGUGAAUAAUUUUGUGACAUGCGAUAUGUCACCAGAAGCACAAAUUGUGCGAUCGAAUGAGAUGAAUUUUUACGUGCAUGAAUUAUCAUCGGUACCGUGCAAUGGUAAUAAAGAGCCAGAUUUGUCGACUAUAAUGCGACUUCGGGCUGUUCGGAACUAUGGUACACCUGGUACAACUGCUCUUGAUGCAUAUAUUCGAUCGUGUAAAGAUAUAAUUGAAAGUUGUCCAUAUGCGAACGCAGAUUUGAAAUGGGUUUGGAAAUGGCUAUGGCAAAUGAUAUAUAUUACCGAUUGGAGACCAGAAGUUUAUGGUACCUGGUUCCCUGGUGUCCUACAGGUGAUGGAACAUAGUUUAGCGGGACCAAAAAAGGGUGGUUCAACAACUGAACGGAUCAUUGUAACGGAUCCUUUGCUUGGACGAAUUAGGGUUUAUAAAGGUAAAGAGAGAGAUCGAGUAUUGCGUUUAUGUGGCUGGCCGCCAUUCGAUGACAUUGCUCGAUUGGAUGUUUUUAUCGAUGAGAAUGCUCUCGAAAGACCAACGCAAAGUCGUGCAGUAGCGGCUGCUGUCUUCACAGGUCAUACGGGUAGAAUGAAAAAGAUUUUAUCGGAAAUGGUCGGAGCAGCGAAAUUGUCAAACGAGAAGUCACGAGAUGAAAUCGAAAAGUUUUAUGAAGCAGUUAUACAUUACAAAGGCGUUUCUGAACAGUGGAAACCAAUAUCGGAAAAAUUGAAAAAAGUAGUCAAAGAUCCAUACUUUACAAUGAUACUCGCAUUUUUAAACGGUCGUUGUGAAAAUUACACGGAGCAACAUCAGAUUCUCCGGCUUGAGCGAGUACCACUAGAAGAUCGUAUCGCGUUUGCAGCCAUUCACUUCAAUGAUCAGUGGUUUAUGAAUUCAAUAAAGAAACUGUUCUACGAUACGACCCUACGUAAACGUUUACCAGGUUUAUUCAUCGCGGGUUUAAGUCAAGAUUCUGAAACUCAUCGUCUAUUAAACGAAUACGUUGAUGAUACGGGUGACGUACAAACGGCAACACUUUUAUUAAUAACCGGACAUUGUUUUGCACCAUUCGUUCAGAGAGCAGUCAGCGUUCCACUGGAUGAAUCUCAACAAGCAACGCAUGAAGAUUCUGAAAUAUUCUCAGCAUCUGAAGAUGUGGACAGUGAUGAAUUUAUGAAUCGUAGGAAAUAUGUGAUGCAAAGCUAUUGUUAUGUGCAAGAUUAUUUGGAAAUGUUGAACAGAUGGGCAUUAUGGACGCAACGUGCCCGUUUGGAUUGUUUAUUGCAGUGGCGUAAAAUUUAUGAAUAUAUUGGUGGUGGAAAUAGUGGUUGUUAUGUAAAUAGUACAGCGAUGAUGGCAACGGGUGCGGCAACGAGUUCUGCAGCCACGACAAGUCAUUCGAUUCAGAACAGCGCUAUGGUUGGUGGAGCAGAUUCUGAAUUGCAUGAAGCACCUGAAGUGAAUGGAUGGCCAUCGAUGGAAGCGUCUGAAUUGGAGAUUGCCAUUGGAAAGACGAAUCAGGACAGAGCUGAGGCCGAAGUGUGUUGUCAGUUUUGUGCGUAUCCUGUAACAUUGGAAAAACCUGAGUUGGCCAUACCAAUUUCAUCGACUUUAUCGGUACCUUCAAAUCGAGUUACAUCCUCAACAUCGUGUUCUCUGCCGACGACGAAGUCGUCGAAAUCGGUGAAUACCGCCGUGUUGUUGAGUGCCCGAGAUGUGGCCUGUCAACAGUGCUAUAAGCCAUUACCGAAAUGUGUUUUGUGCCGACGACAUAUGGGUACGUUAACGCCAUCUGAAUGUCCAGCACUUGGUUCGCUCUCAUCUUGGUUUACAUGGUGUCAGCAAUGCAGACAUGGCGGUCAUAUGGCUCAUCUUUGGCACUGGUUCGCGAAACAUGACGAAUGUGCGGCGAGUGGAUGUCUUUGUAAAUGUAAAUUGGCUGAUUUGAAUAUGUUCAACUGUAAAUCUGCAUAUAACAGUAAUGCAGUUGUUGUAUCGUGUACGUGUUCGGAUGGAAUUUGA